UGAUUAAUGGAGCCGUCUUCUUGCAGAGACAGCCUGUCUGGUCGGAAAUACAUAAGACUUGGCCAUGGUCGUCCCCGUUGCUUGGCCUUACUACUGUUACUUGGCUCAUCGUUGAUCAAUUGGCGCAAGUCGCACAUUUCACAGUGAACUGCCACAAUUUCUGGAUCCCGCCAAGCUAAUUUGAACGCCGCCAAGCUAACCAUGGGAAUCAACGAGAUUGACCACGUCCCGCACUCGGACGAUGCGUUCGAGAAGGACACAGGCGGCGAUCUGAAGCCCCAGACGGAGCUCGCCGAGGGUCUUGGUAGCGGAAAGGCCUCCGCCGUCAACAUCGUCGAGAACCCGCUGAAGCGCAAAACCCCACAGCAAACCGUCGAGGAUGCCGUGGCGUUCGCCGAGACGCACAAUCUGGGCGAACAUGCCGCCCUCUUUGGUCGCGCGGCUAUGGUCGCGCGCGACAUGAACAACUUCAACGACGUUGCAGACCUCUCUGAAGACGAGCGCCGAGCGCUGGAAUAUGAGCGAGACCACAAAUGGCACGGCCCGAAGAUGCUGUGGUAUUCGAUCGGCCUCUGUGCCAUCGGAGCCGCGACACAGGGUUGGGAUCAGACGGGUUCCAACGGCGCCAACCUGACAUUCCACGAGGCACUUGGCAUCGACAGCGGGUCCUCCAGAGACGAGUGGCUCAUUGGUCUGAUCAACUCCAUCAUCUUUCUCACGGCCGGUCUGAUUGGCGCCUUUAUUGUCGAUCCUCUCAACCACUACUUUGGCCGGCGCGGCGAGAUCUUCAUCACGGCUUUGUGCCUUACUGCGACCCCGAUCGGCUCCGGUUUUGCGCAAACAUGGCAAGGUCUCUUCGCGGCGCGUUUCGUGAUGGGCAUCGGCAUCGGCGCGAAGAACGCUACCGUGCCCAUUUACUCCGCUGAAAUGGCUCCCCACCGAGUCCGUGGCGCGCUCGUCAUGUUCUGGCAGCUCUGGGUCGUCGCGGGCAUCUUUCUGGGCUUCUGCGCGAAUGUCAUCGUGAAGGACACCGGCGAUAUCUCCUGGCGACUCCAGCUGGGCUCGGCAUUCAUCCCAUCCUUCGUCUUGGCUGUUGGCAUAUUCUUCUGCCCCGAGUCCCCGCGCUGGCUCAUGAAGCACGGCCGACAUGCCGAGGCUUUCCGCUCCAUGUGCAAACUUCGAGCCCAUAACAUCAUCGGUGCCAGAGACUUCUACUACUCGUGGGUGAUCUACGAGGAGGAGCUCAAGGAGGCUCGUGGCGCAGGGUACUUCCGGCGCCUUUGGGACUGUUUCUCCAUCCCCAGAAUCAGGCGUGCCAACUACGGUGCUAGCACUGUAAUGCUUGCCCAGCAAAUGUGUGGAAUCAACAUCAUCUCCUUCUACAGUUCUACGAUUUUCGUCGAUGCAGGAUACACGCCUGUGGAGGCCCUGUAUGCUUCGUUGGGUUACGGCGCCAUUCAAGUUGUUGCGACGAUCCCUACCCUGUUCCUCAUUGAUACCAAGGGGCGGAGAACUCUCUGCAUGAUCACCUUCCCUCUCAUGUGUGUUUUCCUACUGGCUGCUGGUCUGUCCCUGUUAAACCCAACUGAGGAACGAGGACCAAAGAUCGGACCGGUCGCUUUGUUCAUCUACCUAUUCACUAUCUGCUACUCCCUGGGUGAAGGCCCUGUCGCAUUCCAGUACUCUGCCGAAGUUUUCCCUACCAUUCAGCGUGAGCAAGGAAUGGCCUGGGUUGUCUGCAUUAACAACACCUUCGCUGGCAUUCUCAGCUUGACCUUCCCGCGCAUGAGCACUGCCAUGACUCCAACUGGUGCUUUUGGGUUCUACGCUGGGCUUAACCUUAUUGCCUGGGGUAUGAUCUUCUGUUUCGUCCGAGAGACUAAGCAACUCACCUUGGAAGAAUUGGACCAGGUCUUCUCUGUCCCGACAAAGCAAUUCAUUAGCCACGAGAUCAAGUACUCUAUUCCCUAUUUCUUCAAGCGCCAUGUCUUCCGACAGAAGGUUCCCAAGCCUCCCGCGAUCAUCGCCGUCGCUAGCGAGUCAAAGAAGGACAGCGGCUCUAGCUCUGCUUGAAUUCAAUUAACUGCAAUGGAUAGAGUUCAUAAAAGAGAACCUGGGAUAUAGUAUAUGUAUCAUAACUGCUUCAUUUCAGUAGCCAGACUUAGAUUACCGCUAAGUGUGCAGGUUAGACUGGAGGAGAAAGCUAUGAGGUAGAUAUUCAAGAAAGAAAUGGCCAA